AAAACCAUAUCCAUAUAUCCUUUCCCUCCCAAAGAUAUUAAAAUGGCUUAAACCAGAAGGGGAUAAUAAUGGCAGUUCCUCAAGUUCUUGUCUUUCGAACCCAACUCAAUAUUCGUUGCCCUUUUAUCUUCUGCCUUCACAAUGUCCGAAAGAGAAGCUCUGUUGCAGCAGUAGCUGUUGAACCAGUAAAAGUAUUAAAGAAUCGAUCUUAUAAUGCUUCAGAUGGAAAAGGUGAUGGGGAUGCACCAAAAUGGAAGAAAUUGAGUUCAGAAGAACUUGGAAUAAGUACAUCAAUGAUUGCGAAACCUACAAGAUUGGUUCUGAAUGGGCUAAAGAAAAAGGGGUUCGAGGUCUACCUUGUCGGGGGUUGUGUUAGAGAUCUUAUACUGGACAGAACUCCAAAAGAUUUUGAUAUAUUAACAUCAGCUGAACUUAAAGAGGUACUAAAAAUAUUUCAGCGUUGUGAAAUUGUUGGAAGGAGGUUCCCUAUAUGCCAUGUGCAUAUCGAUGAUACCAUUGUGGAGGUUUCGAGCUUUACCGCGACUGGGAGGAAGUUUAAGAGGAAUGGCUAUAAUGUUGUUCGAAGACCUCCUGCAUGCAGUGAAGCCGAUUUCAUUCGCUGGAAAAAUUGCUUGGCGAGAGAUUUUACUAUCAAUGGAUUGAUGUUUGAUCCAUUUGCAAAGAUAGUCUAUGAUUACUUGGGCGGACUGGAAGAUAUUAGAAGGGCUAAAGUGAGAUGUGUGAUUCCUGCAAAUGCUUCUUUCAUUGAGGACUGCGCUCGCAUUCUGCGUGGAGUAAGGAUAGCAGGCCGUUUAAGAUUUCGUUUUGCUCGAGAAACUGCCCAUUUUAUAAAAGAAUUAGCAUCUUCCAUAUCUAGACUUGAUAAGGGAAGGAUCUUGUUGGAAAUGAAUUACAUGCUGGCAUAUGGUUCUGCAGAAGCUUCAUUGAGAUUAUUAUGGAAAUUUGGACUUCUAGAGAUUCUUCUACCAAUCCAAGCUUCCUACUUAAUUUCCCAGGGUUUUCGAAGGCGUGAUAGGAGAUCGAAUAUGCUUCUGACUUUGUUUUCAACACUGGACAACCUUCUUGCACCGAACAGGCCUUGCCACUCUAGUUUAUGGAUUGCCAUCUUAGCAUUCCAUAAAGCACUGGUGGACAGACCGAGGAAUCCUUUGGUUGUUGCUGCCUUUAGCAUUGCUGUUCACUGUGGUGGAUCGUUAUCAGAUGUGUUGGGAAUAGUGAGAAAGAUCUCACAACCACAUGAUACAAGGUUUCCUGAACUUAUAGACCAAAAUAUUGAGUCGGAUGAAGCAUUGUUGGAUGAGAUGAUGGAUCUUGCCACUUAUGUCGAAGCUGCAUUGCAAGAGAUGACCGAUGAGCAUUUUGUUUCCCGAGCUCUGAUAGAGUAUCCUCAAGCACCGAAGUCAGAUCUGGUGUUUAUCUCAUGGACACUUUCACAAAAGGUUUCUGCAAUAUUUGAGUGUGUUAGAAGGGGAAAGGAGAAGGAUUUUCAACGAAAACGAGGCCGUAAAAUCGACUAUGAGUCCCUAGCAUUAGGAAAAUUGCGUGAAGUUAGACAUAUUUUUGCAAUGGUUGUUUUUGAUACUGUAUUUCCUCCUCAUCUCAAAGACUAAAAACUAUUUUAGA